CAUCCGUAGCUGAUGGAUUAAAUGACUGGAGCCUGCCCGCCUGCACCAACAGCCACGCAACCCGACAGCGAACGAUUCCUACCUGAGGCGCGACUCGGUAACCUUCUGAACUUCCUGUGAGUUUGGCCUUGUCGAGCCAGCGACACGCUCUGUAGCAGCCUGCCACGCGCCCGUCUGAAGCUGACGUCGCUGCCCCGUGACAGAUUACCCCACCACCGCGACCUGUCACGCCCCCGCUACGUUGCCUCGCAGAACCUCCGAUAAGGGGCCUUGAGCCGCUCCUCGCUCGUGCUUUUCAUUCCAAGACACCCGAAAAGACAGCAGAGACGCCCAGGGGGCCGAGCAAGAUGUGGAACUGGUUCGGCGGCGCUGCUGCCCAGCGCACAAAGGACACGCCCAAGAAGGCGAUCCUCGGGCUGCGGUCGCACCUUGAUAUGCUGCAGAAGCGCGAGAAGCAUCUGCAGAACCAAAUAGACGAGCAACAAAAUAUCGCACGCAAGAAUGCAAACACAAACAAGAACGUUGCCAAAGCCGCCUUACGGCGCAAGAAGACACACGAGCAGGCCCUAGACCAGACCAUCGCGCAGAUCGGGACACUGGAGCAGCAAAUCAACUCGAUCGAGUCGGCAAACAUCAACAGGGAGACGCUGGCGGCCAUGGAGAAGGCCAGCCAGGCCAUGAAGGAAAUCCACGGGAAGCUCACGCCAGACAAGGUGGACGAGACGAUGGAGAAAUUGCGGGACCAGAACGCGCUCAGCCAAGAAAUCGUGGAUGCCAUCACGGGCGCGACGGUCGGAGAGCCGGUGGACGACACGGAGCUCGAGGAGGAGUUGGAGCAGAUGCAACAGGAACAGCUGGACGAGGCUAUCCUGAAUACGGGAAAUGUGCCGGUGGCAGAUGCUGUUCACAAGAUGCCAUCGCCAGCAAACGCGCAGCCCGUGCCGAGCAGGAGGCAAGCAGUGGAGGAAGACGACGAGGAGGCGGAGCUCAGGAAGCUGCAGGCCGAGAUGGCCAUGUGAAGGAUGCAGCAAGCGUGACUUGUCAAGUUAUCAGCAUAGCACGUCUGCUUCGAACUGUGGUCGGGUCCAGGUCCCCUUUUUGUGCCCGGGGCUGGGGCUGGGACUGGAUGGACGUUGAGAUAUCGAGCCGUUCUUCCUGUUGUAUUGACCGCUCUGCUUUCCUUGAAUGCUGUGGGGUUGGGCGUUGUCGGCGUGCGCAAAUGUACCGUCCAGGUAGACUAUUCGGGGAGAAGCUCAUAUUUACCUCGAAGCCCAGCGAAGCAGUGUGAGCUCUCUGAUGGACCCCAUGAGUGUCUAAAUAACUAGGCUUGUCCUCCGUGA